AUGGACGCCGACGCCCCGCGCCGCCGAUCGAUGCCAUCGCGCGAGGCGCGCAAUAGCGUAGCCAAUUAUGCAUGCGAGUCUCCGACGUACCUCGACUCGGCCGAGCGCCGGGCGAAGCGGACCAAGCCCAACGACGUGCCCAGCGACAACGAGACGACGACGACGACGGCGCCGGCCUGCGACGACGACUCGGCGAUCGAAGUGGGCAACUGCGUCCUCGUCGACUUGGGCCGCGACUACGAAGGCGUCGCUGUUGUCCGCAGUAUGCAGUCGCUUGCGCGCCCAUCGACGGCGAGCACAUUUGUCGGGCAGUGGUUCUAUCGGGCCGAAGACAUUGCCCCGGAUAUUUUGCAAAAGCUGGAGACGCCCGUUCUGCAGCGCGAGGUCUUCUUCUCGACGCAAACGGAUCGGAAUCUGCUCAAGCACGUGCGUGGGACGUGCAAGGUCGUGUCCGCACUCGACUUUAUGGACCGCCUCAACGUCAUCCGCCAAGGCCACGAGAUCGACUCGGACGACGAGGAGAAGAGGUUCAUUUGCCGCUUCCGGUACAAUCCUGAGAACCUUCACCAGCCUUUCGUGGAGCUCCAAGAGCACGAGAUCCGCUUCAACUACGCGGCGGCUGCCAAGAUUGGCGUGGCCCAUCAGGUCGGGCCACUUCCCCGCGUCGAAACGAGCCUCCGCGAGCGCUACCUCGCCGACGUCGCGGACCGACCGCACCCACGCGCACUGCACAUGUGGUCGCCAUCGACCAUGGACGCCCACCCGUUCCUCUUCAAAAAGUACCUUGGCAUGCUCGAUGUCGUGCGGUAUGGUGUCGGCAACAUCGUCAAGACAUAUCGGAAGGCGUCGCUGGCGUCGACGGUCGCCGCGCAUGUGCGGGGCCUCGUGUUUGCGUACAACGACGACGGCACGCUCGGACUCAUCACGUCGGACGGCGCCAACCUCGGUAGCGUCCAGAAGAGCGACGUGACGUCCGUGCUCACGGACGACCGCGCAAUGCACCACUUUCACGCGACCAAGUGCAACGUCGCGCACGCCAUGCAGCUUGCGACGACCGAGUACAUGGCGCUGCAGGAGCACGAGCGCGUGCUCUACCGACGCGAAGUCGAAAUCAACUGCCAUUCGUCCAAAGUGAGUCUAACUUAA